GUUAGCCCAGCAUCCAUACCCAAAACUCUGUCACCACUGCAAUGCAGGCCUCCUCCUUGCCAGUCAACCCAUCAUCUACGACUGCAAGCGGCGGCUCACUUGGGAACAAUGACGGCAAUACUCCCAAGGUUGGCACGGCCACUGCGAACUUCAAACCAAACCUUCCGCCUGUGAUCCUCGUCAUUCUUCAAGGAUAUACGAAGGAAGAUGGUGAAUGCACGAAGGUGGACGGCAAAGAGGGAACCUUGCGACUAAUGCUUGCAAGAGCUCGAAUUGAGGAGUUGUCUUACAACGUUCAAGAAGCUCUCGAAGAGAUCAUCGAGAGUUCGGGCUGGAGAAGUUUCGGCGCACCGGGUCGGCUCCAAGCCGUAUUUUCAUGUCCUGAACAGUAUGAGUAUCGGGAGGCGGGCUGUGUCGUAGAGAAGGAUUGGGAUUUCCUGAUCAAACACGCUACUUCAUUGUCUUUGGACUUCACGAGAUCACGAAGAUGGCUAGAGAGUGAGAUACCGUCAUAUGCACGCAGGAAAGAGAACGAGAAGGCAUGGGGAUAUUGCAUUGCGUACUAACGUGUUCCCAAGAGACACAUAUGAAGGCAGAGGCAUCGCAGAAAUCGCAUUAAUCAGAGUAUCAAUUGAUUCAAACUCAGACAUAAUCA